AUGGUCUAUCCCUGCGCAAUCCCGUCGCCUCUCCACUCAACGGCCUUUGCUGCGCGUAAGGCAACCAUCGACACGACCUCAUACGGUCCCUCACUCCACGUUUUCACGCCAAUGCAGCCAUCCCUCACUCAAUCCACACUCUCCCCUCCCUCACUAUCGCGUCCACUCGUCCUCCAACCCAGCCCCCUCUCGACUCCACGAGGCCUUUCAAGCACGCACGCAUACAUCCCCCACGAACUCUGCAAACUUCACGCGCCGUCGUCCACGGUUUUCCCUCUCAGCCCGUUGACUCAGCCAAUCACCAUAUCCGACGCGACGUCUCUCACUCUCGCUCACUCACUCACGUCCGCACCGCCUCCCGCCGUCCAUUCGGCUAGGAAAGCCUUCCACAAGGCCCUCUAUAGCCUUCGAGACCACGCCAGCGAUCCCUGA